UGGCUUAAGAAAGAGUGGCAAAACGACGAGUGGAAUGCACUGACGACACAAUAAAGCAGCUGGAAUUCCCAGGGAAAACAUAUGAUGAGAUUGCCACUUUUCUUAAAUGUCUUUUAUCCAUUUUCCCUGACCAAGUUACAGAUGCAACACUGAGAAUUGUACUCCCAUUAGCAGAUGAGUAUCGGACAGAAAAGCUGCUCAAAGAAUGUGAAGACCUCAUCCGGGAGGACGUGGGGUCUGUUUCUGAGACGGACAUGUAUAUACCACCUUCAAAGGUCGUCACAUACCUACGCUGGGUCGAACAAUAUAACCUUCACAAGGUUGAAAAUUGUGUUGUGAGAUUAGGUUCGUUCCUAAAAACUGAACAGCUAGAGGAUGUUGCAGACUACAAAAAUGUCAGCCUAAGACUCCAACUGGAUGUAUCUAAUGCCAGAGCCAAGCUGUUUGAGAGUCUAAUGGUGUUCGAUCUACUAGAAGCUGAAAGUAAGGUGAAGGUAUUACAAAUCCCUCGCGCUUCAUGUUAUAUGACUGAAUGGAAACGGAUUAUAGCAGCCCGUGUGGAGGUUUUUCUAUCAUUAUCAACAACAUCACCAGAACCAGAACCGUCUUUUCGACGUUUCUGGGCGAGUAGCUCUUCUACGGGUCACAUAGUUUCAUUGGGUAAGUCCAGGACGACGCGAAUCAUGCCACCGGUUGCUGCUACCUUUGCAUGUAUAUCUUUAUGUGAUCGACUUAAUUUAUCGACUACUUACACAAAAAGCAUCUUGAAAUUAAAGUCACUGGAUAUCAACCCGGAACGUUUCGUAGAACUUUGGUCAAGCUUCUAUCGGAUUAGGACCGCAAAUGAACAUGCUGGCAUGGAACGACAUCUGCUUGAAAUGUGCAAAUCUAUUUGAAAUCGUGAAAUUAAACAUUUUUUGUUACAAAGAUUGUAUACAUUAAAAAUAAUCACACCUGGUACUGAAAUCAUAAAACAUUAACGUCUUAUGAUUUUGUUCAUAUCCGUGACGUCAGAUACCGACUGCAUUUUGGUAGUAUAUACUCUUCAACGAACAGAAAUGUCAAUUUAAUGGCGUGUCGUAUUAUAUCGAAAUGACGUCACUUUUCAGAAUAUCAGCCGAUUUGGUACUGGACACCUUGAACGCAAACGUCGAUUUCACGCACGCACAAGUCAUGAUUUAAACUAUACUUGUUCCAGAACUAGGAUCACUGGUUUCCUAUACUUAGGUAGUGCUAACCGAUAUGUCACUAUAUCCUUUUGUUUUUAUGCACUUCCAAGAUUAGACUAAGAACGAACUGUAGUUCCUAACCGGGAUAAUUUAGUGCAACUUUGUCGGAUAAAGUUAUCCCACAUCGGUGUUCUACAUGAGACACCUGCAUUCUGUACGUAAAGGGGUGAGAGAAGAGCUGAAUUAAUAAUGGAUUUUUUUAAAGAAAUAAUGCAUACUUCUAUAUCAGGAUGGCCGUGUUGCUUAAUUGUAGUUUAACAUUGCACUUGUAAAAUUAAAUAAUAAUCAAAUAUGGAUUUUUUUUUUCACUUGUUGAUAGCUCUGCUGCGUGCCAACUUGUAACAACAACCCAAUGUUUAACACCAUUGAGUGUUGUGUAAACUGGAUUGAAGUGAUUAAUUAGUAAAUAAAAUGAUAUCUUAAACAAUUCCCACUUAUUUAAUAUGAUCUAUGGUCGUUUGUUGAUGUAUUAGUUUUGCUAGGGCUUAAUCGUGAUGUAAUAUAGAGAGGAUAUAUUCUGACAUACUCGUGAAGUAUAUAUGGUAUUAUAAAGGGUAACGGAAAACAUUUUGUUUUCAUUAUUUAUUGCAUUUAAUACCACGAAAAUAGUGCUGCAUCAAAUAGUGCAGGAAUUAGAAGCAUACUAUUUGACGCCAGGUUCUAAUGACAUCACGCUUGAACAUAAAGUAAAGCGUAAUUUUAUUACCUGGUUGACAAAAUUAAUAUCGAUUUUUUAGUUAUAUACAUAACAAAACAAAUACCAAUAAUACCGUCGCUUCACCUGAACUAAAAACUGAAUAUCUACGCAAUCAAUAAAAAGGACCAUUCUGAUUGGACAAUAUUAAAAGUGGUAUCAUCACAUGUGAAGAUGUAACAUUUCAGUGAAGUGUAAUGAAGAUGUCAGUUUUUAUCAAAAGGAUAAUUCAUGAUAUUCAACUGGUAAAAUGUAAUAUAUCUAGAUACAUAUGUGGAGUGACUGCUUCCUUCCAUGCUCCUGUAGAGGAUGUUUCAAAACAUGCCAGCGCUAAAAAAAUGUUUACUGGGUUUUGUAUGUAAAACUGUAGGCCGCUUUCGUUGAUCGCGAUUCAAACUAUUGGAACGGUUGGACCAGAGUUGUUUGUUUAUGAAAUAAGUCAGACCUAGUAAUUUAAUGCCACUUUCAAUAGAAAAGUAUACUUUAGUUUUAAAUAUACAACAGUUUGGUACCCUGGAAUAAAUUCACAUCACAUAUGUAAUUUAGUAUUCAUAGCAAUUAAUUUUUGUA